UCGAGACGUCACGAGGCGUCUGGUGACUGUGGGGAUGACGUGGAGAAGUUAGCUCGCGUAGCUAGCAUGGAGGCUAGCUCGACAGAUACACAUGUAAACACGGGAAAGACGCUUCUGGAUCAGCGAACAAUGUCAAAGACUUCAGUUCGUGAAACUGUGGACGUCGGUUGUGUCUUUGUUAGCUGAAGCCGUGCAGAAGGCCUCCGGAGAGACGACGUUGCCCUCACUUUGGCCAUCCACACACUGAAGGGAUGUUUGCUAAGUUGAAGAAGAAGAUUGCGGAAGAGGUGGCCACGGCCCCGCGGACCGGACGCAUUCCCCGAUCCAUGAGCAAAGAGUCCAUAACGUCUGUAGGAGCAGACUCUGGAGAUGACUUUGCGUCUGACGGCAGCAGCUCCAGAGACGAUUUCUCUUCUCAGAUUUUGCGCAGGAAUGACCAGAUCCGAAAGCUGGAGGCCAAACUUUCAGACUACGCUGAGCAGCUUCGGCUAAUGCAGAAGACCAAGGACAAGCUUGAGACUGCAUUAGAGAAGCAUCAGGAUUCGUCCAUGCGUAAGAUACAGGAGCAGAACGAGAGCUUCCAGUCCAACAGAGCCAAGAUGGCCGAAGGCAUGGCCUUAGCCCUGGAGAAGAAAGAUCAGGAAUGGAGAGAGAAGAUGGCCGUUUUAGAGCAGGAGAAGGCCUCAUUAAGUGCUCGUCUGGAGCAGAGUCUGAGUCUCUUCCAGAAGAGAGAUGAACAGGAUGAGCUCGAUGGCUUCCGGAUGCAGGAACUAGCCAAAGUCAAACACUUGCUCUUGCGGAAGGAGGAGCUUCUGUCUCAGCGUGAGCGUGAGCUGAAGCAGAGAGGCGAGGAGUUGAACACGGCCCGUCUGGAGCUCUCUCAGACCCAGGACAAGCUCUACGAGCUUGGGGAGGAGCUCGAGGAGCUCCGUGCCCACAGAGAUGAGAUGCUGGGUGAGAGGGAGGAGGCAGAACGGAGGAUCUCAGAUCUGGAGGUGAGGGAGCAGGAGCUCCAGCAGCUUGUCCAGCAGGUGUCUGAGGACUUCCAAAAGGCCCAGAGUGUAGCUGGAUCUCUACAGAAGUCCAUGGACUCCCUGCAGGCUGAACACCACCGCCUGAAACUGCAGCACAAGCAGCACAAGAGUAAGGCUGCCGUGACCGAGCAGGAGCAGGAGAGGCUGACAGCCGACCUGCAGGAGAAGGUCCUCUCUCUGGAGCGGAGGCUGGAGGCCAACCUCUCCCAGGACGAGCACCUACAGGAACUGCUCAAGGAGAAGUCCUCAUUGGAGCAGAGGUUGGUGGAAGUAAGGGCGGAGCUACUAGAAGAGCGAACCAAUCACACAACAGCAGUCAACUCCCUACAAGCCCAGAAAUCCUCGUUGGAGCAAAGAUUAGAGGAGGUAAGGGCGGAGCUGCUAGAAGAGCGAACCAAUCACACAGCAGCAGUCAACUCACUACAGGCCCAGAUUUCCAAGCAGAACACCAGCUUGUCUGAGGUCCACACGCUGCUGAGACACAAAGAUGACUCGUCCAAAUCCUACCGGGAGAGGACAGACACGCAGAUAGCCGACCUGGAGCAGAGACUCUCCGACUCCACACACAGGCUGGCUUGUAUGCAGCAGCAGCUGGUAGACAGCGAGGCACACAGAGACAGACUGCAGGUGGAGUGGGUGGAGCAGAGGAAGAGGCUUGAGCAUCAGGUCUCCACCCAGAGACUGGAGAAGGUGGCCAAGAUGGAGGAAGAGCUGUUCAGUCUGCGUCUGGAGAGAGAGUCACAGAUCAUAGAACAGCAGGACAGCAGGCGGUUGUGGGAACAGGAGAAGGUCGAGAUGGUGAAGAGCAGGACCGAGAUGGAGAGCACUAUGGAAGGGCUAACGGCAGAACUGGAGCACACCAGAGCCGAGCUCAGCAGCAGGCAGACGGUGAGUGUGGAGAUCGCUAAAGCUUUAGAAGAAACCAGGAAGCAGCGAGAAGAGCUACAGCAGCAGGUCGGGGAGAUGUCUGCGUCUCUGCAGGAGGCGGAGCAGGAAGUAUGUAGGCUCACGGAGCAGGUAGAGGAGAAGGAGGCUGAGCUACGCCGUCUGAGGGAGGACCUGCAGGCAGCACGCUCCAGUUUCUCCUCUCUGCAGGCUGAGUGGGAGGAGUUUCGUCAUCAGACAGAGGAGAGAGAACGUGAGAGAGAACGUGAGAGAGAACGUGAGAGAGAACGUGAGAGAGAACGUGAGAGAGAACGUGAGGGAGACGCCCAGAUCACAGCACAGGAGCCCCUCCCCCAGCCUGACGGGCUCAACUCCUGCCCGGCAAAGGUGUCUGAUCUGCAAGGCGAGGUGGAGAGUCUGACCAUGCAGCUGCAGGAGGCAGAAGUGUGUGUGUGUGAACAAAAUGGGGUCGUUGCCAUUGGCGACCUGGAUCAGCUGCAGAACACUAACAAGGAGCUGGAACAGCAACUCGGUGAGAAGAACAAGACGAUAAAACAGCUACAGCAGAGACUGGCAGAACUGAAGAGGACCUUACAAAAAGAGCUGAAACUGAAGCCAGACUCUGACUCAGACAACAGAGACAAGCUCCAGGAGGCCCGGCCCGAGAGGCCGUCUGACAGGCCCAGCGCCGAGGCCCCUGUCCCAGCCCUGGCUGCUACUCCAGCCCCAGGCUCUGCUCAGGGCCUGAGCCCUGCGAUGCACUCCUCUCUAACCAGAGUCACAAACAGUUCAGAUCUGAUGGACACAAGAGAGAUCAACUUUGAGUACCUCAAACACGUAGUGCUCAAAUUCAUGUCCUCUAGAGAGACAGAGGCGUACCAGCUGAUCAGAGCUGUGUCUGUGCUGCUGCACUUCACACGUGAAGAGGAGGACAUGCUGAAGCAGACCCUGGAGUAUAAGAUGUCGUGGUUCGGCUCCAAGCCUACACCCAGGGGCAUCGUCCGGCCUUCCAUCUCAGGAGCGCCGAGCGGAUGGAGCUGAGAGAUAGAGGGAGAGAGAGGGAGAGGGAGGAAGGAUGGUGGCGUUGAUGGUGUUGUUGAUGGAGUUGGGCUAUAGCGGGGAGGGUGAAGAUGACCUGACCUGUUCCUCCAGUGUUAAUCCCCCUGGUCUGAGAACCAGCAGACAGCCUCCUCCCUGUUCCUUUGGCUGGCGUGUCUCCGCCGACGACCAGCUGUGUGGGGGUCUUCUCCAGCAGCUCUUUGGCGGAGCGAGUUCCAGCGCGGGAGGACGAGCUGAGUCAUGCUCCAAUUUGGGCUGCUGGGAUUCCACCACACCUCAGUUCCCAGGAUCACGUAUGCAUGCAUGAUUGCGUGAGCGAGUGAAUGCAUGAAUGAAUGCCCUGCUGACUGUGUGUUCACCACAGAUAUCCGCUGCUACCCUUCAGCCUGAGAAAGUACUGUUAGACAGAACUGGUUUCUCAUCGACCUGGUUGUUUCCUUUGCUCUGUUCUUUUUACCACUCUGAAGAUGGUCCUGCUCAGAUCAAUGUGGACCCCACGUUGUCAGUAAGCGUGCAUGUGGAAAUAUGGUGGACCGCCAGUAGACUGCAGGAGAAGGAACCAUUACUAUAGACUCCCAUUUUGAAGAUGCAUCUUACCUUUACCUGCCUUGUGUAUGUGUAAAUUACAGUUAAUUACAUUCCAUAUGUCUAUUUAUAUAUGAAUCUGUAAAUUUCAAAGGAAAACGGUUUAUAAAUCAUUGGGCGUAUAUGUUUUUUUUGUUUUUUCUCUCUUCUACAAGCGUUUAUUUAAGAGCUGGGUUUAGUUUUUAAUCCUCUGGGUGUGUCUGUGGGCAUGGCCUGGCUCAGUAUGGACAGAGUGAACCUGCCUUGGCUCGCCCCUUGGCCCUCCCACCGAGAUGGAGAGUCCCGAGUCAGAACCAGAGACUUAAAAAGUACAUGCAGACUCUGGGCGUCAGUUUUGCUGCGUGGUGAAGUUCUCUCAUCUUUUGGUGAACACAAAACUUUGGAUCAGAUAUUUAUAAUAUCAAAACUGGUGCUACGUUGUGGAGCACCAGACCGAGAAUAAACAACUAAGCAGAUUCAUCAAAAAAGGGUGGGGAGUAACUAUUGCUUAUAAUCAAAUGACUGGAUUUAUACUAGGCUGAGGUCCAGGGCCCCGUAUCUCAUAAGCAUUGAAGUGUUAAGAACGUCUUAAAGGAGAGGGAGAUGUUCAGUGUAAUACUCGCUCUGCCAUUUAACGAUGACCUUCGUGUUAACAUGCAUUUGGGAAAUCCAGGCCCGUUUCUCAGUUUUGACUUCAAUACUUUUAAUUUCAGUGUAGUCAUAAAUGAUGAAUUCAUUUCCUUUUUGCAGCCCAAACAUGAGAUUUUAAUAGUCAGUAUGAUCAUGAAUCAUAAAUUCAUAAAUCAGUAACUCUGAUUCCGAUUCCUGACACCCCCACUGUUUCUACAGAUCAGACAGGAGUGUGUUCUACUUUAGAGGGAGACUUGGCCCACUUUGCUAUAGAUGAAAAUGUUGUGAACUGAUGAACUUUCACUUUUCCCUCUUAACUUGGUUUGCACUACAGCAUCAAUCCCUCUUAACUUGGUUUGUACUACAGCAUCAAUUCCACAUAAUCCCAUCCAAUUUCCCCCGUUUCCUAACAGUAGCACUGUUUGAUUUUCUUGAUGCAUUCAUAUCAAGACUUGAAUAAAUGAUCCUUCUUUGAUUUUGCUGAAA